CGGCUCGCAGCGCCUGCUGAGGCCCGGCCGGCCCCGCCGCCGCAGCGCGGCCGCCCCUCGCCCGCCGCCACCCUCCCACCGCCGGGACAUGGCCACGGAGCCCCCGCGGCCGGCGGGGUGCCCCGAGAGCGGGCGCGGGCGUUGCGCGGGCGGCGGGCGCGGCGAGGCGGAGGAGGAGGAGGAGGAGGCCGCGGCCCAACCGGUGCUCGGCGCCUCCCCGGGCCCCGCUGCGGCGGGGGGCGGCCGGCGGCGGGCGCUGAACGGCUGCGUGCCGCUGUCGCACCAGGUGGGGCACAUGUACGGCAAGGAUAAAGGCGGCAUACUGCAGCAUCCAGAUGGGACUGUCCUGAAGCAGUUACAGCCACCACCUCGUCCCAGGGAACAGGAGUUCUACAAUAAGGUUUAUGACCCUGACUGUUGUGACAGCAUUCUUCUGGAGCUGCGGAAAUAUCUGCCAAAAUACUUCGGUGUCUGGUCACCACCUACUGCACCAAAUGAUACGUAUCUAAAACUGGAAGAUGUGACCCGUAAGUUUAAUAAGCCUUGCAUAAUGGAUGUAAAAAUAGGUCAGAAAAGUUAUGAUCCAUAUGCUUCGGUGGAGAAGAUACAGCAGCAGGUCAGCAAGUACCCGCUGAUGGAGGAGAUUGGCUUUUUGGUACUCGGCAUGAGGGUGUACCAUGUCUCUUCAGACAGCUAUGAGACACAAAACCAACACUACGGAAGGAGCUUGACCAAGGAAACAGUAAAGGACGGCAUCUCAAAGUUUUUCCACAGUGGGUACUGCUUGAGAAAAGACGUGGUAGCUGCCAGCAUUCAGAAGAUUGAAAAGAUUUUGGAGUGGUUUGAGGGCCAGACACAACUCAACUUUUAUGCAAGCUCACUGCUUUUUGUCUAUGAAGGUUCGUGUCAGGCAACAACUGUGCGGUUGAGUGAUGUCACCUUGGUGGAGAAGAGAGGAAUGCCCAAAGGCCUGUUAUCAGGUGGAGAUGUGUUGGAGUGUAAUAAUAAUAUUCAUGUGAUAAAUUCUACAGAGAAUGGAAAAAUUGAAGCCUCCGUAAGUAAAGGCUUGUCCAAGUUUUAUGCACUUCACAAAAAGUCAUGCUCAAAGAGGCACCACAGUCAGCUCUCACUAAAAGUUGAAAACUUGGAGCAAGACAACGUGUGGAAAAGCAGCACGUGCAUUGCACAGGAGCACCUGAACGGAAACGUUCUACCCCAACUGGAAAAAGUUUUCUAUCACAUGCCAGCAGAGACCAAGGAAAGUGCAAACGUUGAAGUCCGAAUGAUCGAUUUUGCUCACGUGUUUCCUAGCAACGCGAAGGAUGAGGGCUACAUUUAUGGUCUGAAAAAUCUAAUCACAGUACUUCAAAGUAUUUUGGAUAACUAAAUUCUUUGCUAUGUUUUUUAUUGGGGCCAAUGAUAAAGAGCAACAACAUGAAGAAUUUCUGCACUUGUAAUGCUGUAUACUGGGUUUGUAUUGUUCUAUAUUUUAUUUGUCUUUGUACUUUUGGUAGAAGGGUUUAACUUUUUAUAAUUUCACUCAGGAAAAUAAUUGAUAGUUUAUUAGGGAGUGUGAAAGGAUGAAGAUACUUGAGAUAUAAAGCAGGAUAGGUAAAUGAAUAGAAUGAAGUGUAUGUGGUUGUCUUAAAUCCAAGGACAGCCAGAAGCAAGGGUUAUGUUAGUUCCUGUAAUGACUUUAGCGUAGAUGACAUUUGCCCACUUAGCCUUGACACUGAGCCGCAUCUCCAUUAACAAAUGUUUAGAAAAUAGACUGAAAGCUGUAAGGUAGGUGCAGGAUCGAUGUCCUCAGCACUGCCUUUGUGUUUACUGUAUUUGAAUAACUGGAGUAACCCUGCUUGGAGAGAAAUCCCAUGCUGAGUCAGCAGUCUUGCUUGAAGCAUCGAAAAGCACUUUUCCGUGUCACGGGAAGAUAUUGCUGUUCUUUCAGCUCUCAUGGGGGCCUUUUCUUCCCCCGUUGUGGGUGUCUGUAGCCAAUGUUCACCACUGAUGAUCAACCACAUAAUUUGUGUUGAGGUGCUAAGAAAAUGCUGGAGUAAAACACCAUAACGGGCUUAAACUGCACAAUUUCUAGAGAAACUGUUAGUUCCUAAGAGAGAGCAAAAGUAUGCAAACGCAAAAUGUUCCAGCAAGUAAUUUGGUUUAGAAGAUUAAGUCAGUCUGUUAAUGGAGUGUCUGAUGCUGUGAUUAAGGGAAAUGCCUCACUCUAUUGUUCUCAUGGCCCUUCUCCAAAAACACUGCUUCAAAAAGCAAACUAAUGGAAUAGAGGAACAGAGCGUUUUCAGUAAGCCUACAGAGAUCUCUGCUGGCCGCUGGCCGCUUGCGUUUUUGCAACAGGCAUUUCACGCUUCUGCUACUGGGGAGCACCGAUUGGAGCCAUGAGCAAUGCAGGCAAAGGACUCUCCUGUGGAGAUCGUUGGGCCCUGGAGCCACCAGCUGAGCCACCACUUGUGCUAGUGGAGCUGGGGCUCUCCCACCCCAGGCUACAGCUGCCACUGGUUUCUUUUAAUGGCACACGGGCAAGCUACGCAAUUUGAAGGUUGUCCCAUUUCUUCUUCGUGGGGAAAAAAAUUGAGCUAUUUUAUGGAAUACUUGAGAUCAGGAUGAUGUAUCCAAAGCAUUUUUGGUGUGUCUCUUCCGUGUGCUGUGUACGUGGCUGUGCUGCCAUGUGUAUACAGUGAGCUGUUUGAAAAGUGGAAACGGCCAAGUCUUGCCAUCUGUAGAGCAAGACUUUAAUGCUUAAAGCAAGCCCCAGGACGAAAACGUUUUAGAAUGGUCCUUGGAAACGUUUGUCUUUUCCAUGUGGGCUUACCCUGUGACCUUGCUGCUCUCUCUGUACAGCGUUCUGCAGUGUGCACUCAGUUGUGUACAUGUCUUGGCAAGUUCUUCAUUUCACAUCUGUUAUCUUUGUGAGAAAGAAACACACAGUUUUUCAAGCAAAUAUGCUGUGUUUUAAAUAAAGCUGAAAUUUUAUCUGAGAACUUGGGUCGAUUGAAGAAACAGGGUAUAGAGCUACAUUGUUUUAACUUCAGAGCUCAUGUUGGCCAAAGCAUUCAAGAAUGAAACCAACUGUUCGUAACAAUGUUUUUGAAGUGUGGGAAAAGAGGCUUGCAGAGGAGGGGCAGUAUCAUUUUGUUGACAAUUUCAUGUGAAUUAUGGUGAAGGCUGAGGGGAAGGUACCAGAAAGAAAGGGACUUUUUUUUCCUACCUGGUAUUUCUCUUGCACCAUAUAGUUAGUAUAUUUCCAAAUCUCUGUGAAUUAAUUUAAGCCAUAUUCUAGAAAGAAUUUGUGGGUUUGUUUGCUUUGACGCUGAUUCCUCUGUUAUGAUUUCGUUGUUCUGUUCCAUAACACUAGGGUACUCCAGGCUUAAGUGGCCUUGUAUGAUAAAUUUACAAGGUUUUAUAGAAAAUAUGGGCAACAUCAUAAUUUUUGUCCUCAGUAAUUCAUCUCUUCUGGAUUUUAAUCCAUUCUGUGCCAGAGAAAUCAGACAUUUGCCUCAAAGAAGUCAGUUAUUAGAAAAUUAUCUGUAUACUCUUGGUAUCAUGCACUGUCCUGUCUCUGCUUUAAGAUAUACUUCCUCAGUGUUUGAAUGCUCUUUAAGUAUCGAUUGUUUUGUUGGCUAUGGCAGUGUUUGUAAUGCACCUGGAAUAUUGUCAACCUGUCAGAAUAUUUUGAAUAAAAAAAUAAUUUUAUCAUGG